UAUCGGGUUUAGUGAAGAAAUGAAUGAAGAUAAACACUCUCUGUUAUAUCUCUACACCAUGCAGUCUAAAAACUCUGAUUCUCAUCUCUACGACUGCACUGCUGUAACUCUGCUGGACGACAGACAGAUCGAUUUCUACAACAGCAGCUCAGAUAAACCCAGAACUGCUAAACAGAACUGGCUGAAGAACAUUUCAGAGUCUGACUGGAAAACCAGCACUGAGAAACUGCUGGACGACAGACAGCUGCUAAAUAAACUCCUCGACAUUCAGAUGAGUGAGUCUGGACACUCUCACUCAGGUGUUCAUGUUCUUCAGUGGAGGCACGGCUGUGAGGGUGAACAGAGUUCUGAUGGAUCUCUGACUGUAUUAAACAGUAUUAAUGAAUUCGGUUAUGAUGGAGAAGAUCUGAUUCAGUUUAACUGCACCUCUAAAACCUGGAUAACCCCGGAGGAGAAGAGGAACAGAGAGAGGGAGGAGAAGAAGAACAGAGAGAGGGAGGAGGAGAACAGAGAGAUGGAGGAGGAGAAGAACAGAGAGAGGGAGGAGGAGAAGAACAGAGAGAGGGAGGAGAAGUGGAGUAGAAUAUUUAAUGCUGUAAAGAAAUGUCUGCAUUGUGAGGAGAUGCUGAAGAUGUAUUUACACUACAAAACUACUGACAUCACACAGAGUCACACUCCACCUGUUGUUCAUAUUUUUGCUAAGAAAUCAGUAAGAGACUCGAGAAAGCUGAUCCUGACCUGCCUGAUCACGGGAUUCUACCCCAAAGAUGUGAAGAUGAGUCUGAGGAAGUUCAGCACUUCAUUUCCUGAUCAUCUGAUCACAUCUUCAGGAGUCAGACCCAAUCACAAUGGAACCUACCAGCUGAGGAAGAGUGUGGAGAUACAGGAAGACGAUAAAGCAGAUUAUUACUGUUACGUGUCUCAUAGCUCCCUCACAGAACCAGUAAUUAGAGAAUGGGAUGACUUUCCAAACAAGAUAUCUCUGGGCUUAUUUAUUGGAGUUGCAGUUUCACUGAUUGUAUUUAUGCUGCUCCCGUGGUCUGUGAACCUCUGUGUUCUGAUAAGGAGAAGAGUAAAGAAUGAAAGAUCUCUGGAUAUAGUGAUUGGAGUUUUGGUCUUAGGGGGUUUGCUGAGUCUGUGUUCUGUGAUCCACUAUGUCCUGAUGAUGAUAAAAAAGCGUAAGUAG